AUGGGUGCCAAGGGUGUACUUAACAUUGCUUGGGUUAAUGUUAGCAACAUCCCUCUGGAUAAAAUACAUGACAGAAAUAUUGCAUAUGUUGGGUCUUUGGUUGGUGUCACCUUAGACAUUGAUAAAGCUACUGUUAACAGACCUGAGUCGGUCAGAAUUAAGCUGGGAUGUAGAGAUGCUGAAGAUAUCCCGAUUAAGGCCGAGGGGGUGCUAGGCGGCCAUUUUGAUAAUUUCUUCUAUUCAGUGGACAAGACUAUUGUGAAAAAUCCCCCCAAAGAAGGAAUUACCGUGUCCUAG